UGGUGAAUUUAUCUCUAUGUUUUUUCACUUGCAGUGCGUGUAUUUUUACAAGUAAAUUUGAUACAAAUUAAUAUUAAUUAGUAAAUUAUUAGUAAAUAAUAUUGAAAAGAAAUACCAAAAAUGUCAGCUAAACAAGCCUCCAAGAAAAGCAAAUGGUCUUUGGACUUUAAUACCAACAGCAAAUCAAAUGAUUUACCCGCACCUCCAGGUUAUAAUGCUAAUGCUCUGGUCAAUCAAACCGAAAUUGUAAGAGAUCAACGUUUGGUUAUUAAGAAAUCUUGGGAUUUGGCUUUAGGCCCUCUAAAACAGAUACCAAUGAAUUUAUUUAUAAUGUACAUGUCCGGCAAUACAAUUUCCAUUUUUCCCAUUAUGAUGAUUGGCAUGAUGUUAAUACGACCCAUUAAGGCCAUGUUCUCUACUCAAGUCACCUCCAAAAUGGCCGAGGGUGCUCAAGGUACCGGUCAGAGGCUAGUAUAUUUCUUAGGUAAUUUAGCUAAUGUAGCUGUGGCUCUCUAUAAGUGCAAUAGUAUGGGACUGUUGCCAACGCAUGCAUCCGAUUGGCUGGCAUUUGUGGAACCACAAACGCGUAUUGAAUAUUAUGGUGGUGGUGUAUCAUUUAUUUAAACAAAAUAAUUAUUUAGCAUUUUAAUUUAAAAAAACAAGGAACUAUAUAAUGUUUAAUAAAAUAUAUAAAUAUAUAUUUAUAAAA